AUGCCCAUCCCUGCUCAUGAAAUACUGCAUAACGCCUCUACUCUGCAGUCUGAUGACACAAUUGGUAAUACAAUUUUCUCAAAAUGUAAAUUCGAGCUGUACGAGACGAGUCUACACCGGUUCACGGAUAGUCCACUAGGCAUCUUCACAACCGCAAUCAAGUCCAUCCAAGAAUCAUUCAUCCAAUCUAGUCACAUCCUAUUUGUACUCGACACAGCUAGCAGCGAAAGGCAUUCUACGCGGUCACAUGGCUACGCAAAACUCACAAGCAAAAGCCCUAAUGGAAGCCAUAGCUCACCAGGAAUAGACAGGGAAAAGCGACCUCGAAUUCCAGACGAAGUCGUAGUCCUCUUUGGCGGAUCCUACCACCAAUACUUCAAGCCAAAGCUCUACACAGAAACGAAACCAGCCGCAAAGUCGUGCCAACAUGGAAUUACAGCGCCGUGCAAGUCUGCGGCAAGAUACUUGUAUAAUGCGAUUCCAAAGUCCGAAGAAACGGGUUCGUUCCUGAAGAUAUUAUUGGAGGAUCUGAUGCUACAUGCCGAAACUUCUAUUAUAGGGUUUACGGGUAGUGAGAGGGAGCAUGCACGGAGUGUAGAUAAAACUCCGAAGGCCUAG